AUGGCGUUGAAGAUUUUGAUGGUUUUGGCCUUGUCUUCGUGCUGUAUCAUUGACAUAAAUGCUAGCGUUGUGAAUGUGUCGAUAAGAAAACCAGCAUAUAUGACCAACGAAGCAACUGGCCAUUCAGCUAAAUUGGGAGUCGAUAAUGAUAUAACCACAUCUACAGAAACACUUUCUUCACAAACUACUCCAAAGUGGUUUGUUGUUGAUUUGGUGAAUGCAUACCAAGUCAAGUACAUCAUACUAUACAAUGAACAUAGCUGUGGUAGUUGCGAUUCUGACAUGAAUUAUUUCAAUGUUGGGCUGACAAACAGUUUUAACCCUUCUGGUACAGCAGAAAUAAGAGGGACCUACGACCAGUGUGGCUGGUGGCCUGCUCCUGUAACAGCAGCUGACACCCAGAUGAGUGUCAUUUGUGAAGACGGUACAAAAUUUUCUAGAUUCAUUAUUAUACAACAAUCGCUUGAAGUAGAAAAUAACGGAGCAAGUAGCAGUUUGCAGCUUGGAGAGCUGAUGGUUUAUGCCAACGAUGUGUUUCCGCAAUACGAAAACGUGGCUUACAAAAAGAAAGCUUACUUGAGUACUGAGCAAGUUUCUGCGAGCAAUUGCGUCGAUGGCAACACAACGAGUUUUUGCUCUUUAGGCUCUGAAGUGUACGGGCCAUAUAUGAAUAUGUCGCAUGAAUAUGAUUGGUUUAUAGUUGAUCUAGCACGCCCGUAUCAAAUCGUUUAUGUCACUUUGCAUGCUAAGGCCACUGAUACGCUCAUGAACAAUUUUGUCGUUGGUCAAUUAAGCUCGGUCAAUCCGACAUAUCCAACUUACUUGAGAGGCCGUUAUUCUGUUUGCGGCUACGGACCACCAAGUUAUACGAUAGAUGCUCAGCCAAUGCGAGUUGAUUGCAAUGACAGGACGAGUUAUUUCAGAUACGUCAUCGUUCAGCAAGAAGCAAGUCAAGCAUACGACGGUGAAAACAACGCUGACAAGUAUGUCGGUUGUUUUAGAAACUUUCAAAUAAAACUGACAUACCAAGAGUCGUCGCUGGACACGUGCAUCUACAUUUGCAGGCAAAUGAACGUCCCAUAUGCCUCAGUUAAGGAUAGCCAAUGCUUCUGCGCCCCACUGAAUGUUGGAUAUUUGGGAUGCUUCAUCGAUGGCUCUCUUGAUCUCUCUGCUGAUUACGAGUCCAUUCCAUCGAGGACAAUUGAAACAUGCAUAACUUACUGCUUGAGUCGCAACUACGACUACGCUGGCUUACAGCGGGGUGAUACAUGCAAAUGUGGGAACUCAUACGGAGCUUAUGGAAAAGAUUCUGACAGUGCAUGUAAUACCAAUUGUGCUGGAAAUACAAACGAAGAAUGUGGUGAUUCACUGAAACAUUAUUUAGUGUGCAGCAAGCUUAGCACGUCAAAACACUGCACCGGAGUUUAUCACUGCAGCACUGGAAACAAUUUUACUCCGGACAUGACUUGUCAGUCUCACAGUUGCCAGCCAGGAUGGACUGGCGGAGCUUGCGAUAAGAGAGACUGCCAAACGAACAAUGGCGGAUGUGGAAUCCACCCAUGUUCUUCCUUUCAAAUUGGGACAACCACUUACACGGAAUGUGUUUGUAGGCUUGGAUACACCAAAUCAUUUUACAACGAUGAUUGCGUUUUAGGUGAAUUUUUCCAAAUGUAUGUUCAGUUUGUCCUGACAUGCAAUACGACGAAUUCUAUAUGCGUCGCUGGAUCAACUGAUUAUUCGUGCAAUUGCAAAUCCGGUUACCAGCAUCCUGCCGACAACAACACCUUCUGCUACGACAUUGACAAAUGCGCGGCAAGCACGAACCCCUGCAGAACACCAUCUGAAACGUGCGUCAACACUGAUGGCAGUAAGAAAUGUCCAUGCUCUCCUGGUUACAUGCUAUCUGCGGCUAGUGUUUGUGAAGAUAUCGAUGAAUGUUUUGAAAAUAAAAACAACUGCACAAAACCGCUGUCAACAUGUUUGAACACGUACGGUUCGUUCAUCUGCAUAUGUCCAUCCGGUUACGUGCAAGUUAACAAUGACUGUUCAGAUAACGUUUUGUACUUCACCUCUUCAAAAAUUUUUUUUAAGCGAUUAUCUAAAAACAAAUUUUUCUUAGACAUAGACGAAUGUUUGUACAACCCGAAUGCAUGCGACAAUGAAACGACAACAUGUGUGAACAGAGUGGGAACGUACAGUUGUAAAUGUUUGAGUGGAUUCUAUGCCAAGAACCCAUGGACCUGUGAAGACAUCGACGAAUGUGCACGCAACAAACACAACUGCACCAACUCAACUGAAACCUGCGUGAACACGUUCGGUUCAUUUGUUUGCCAAUAUAUAAACGAAUGCAAGGUGGAAACAAGCAGCGCAUGUAACAUUGCAACUUCAACCUGCUUUAACAUGAUUGACACAUACAACUGCACGUGUCUGGAUGGAUUUUUCAACAAAGAUCAAUGGACGUGUGAAGACAUUGACGAAUGUGCACUGAACCAGCACAACUGCUCGAGUCCCACUGAAACUUGUAUCAACACCGCUGGUUCCUUCGCUUGUCAGUGUUCAUCUGGCUUCCAGAGGUUCAACAACAUCUGCUCGGAUAUAAACGAAUGCUUGGACAAGACGAGUCCUUGUGAUCCUCAAACAUCAACCUGCGUCAACCAGAUUGGGUCGUACAACUGCUCGUGCUUCAGUGGCUUUCAGAACAAGGGCCAAUGGAUUUGUGAAGACAUAAACGAAUGCGUGAAAAACGCAAACGCAUGCAACACAGCCAUCUCGACGUGCGUGAACAACGUGGGGACGUUCAGUUGUGCCUGCUUCAGUGGUUACGUUAAUAAAGAUCAGUGGAAUUGUGAAGUUUCAGGAGAGAGAAACGUCUUGUUUGCGUUCAUUGGUGUUUUCGCAGCAGUCGUCCUGACGUUGAUGGGCGUGUUUGCUUACUGGGCUGCCUCCUAUCAGUUCAAACCGGCCAGGGCAAACUUCUCAGAGUAACAAGGCUGAAAGACUUUACAAUGUAACAAAACUUACAUUACAAUGUUCUUUUUGAUUGCUUAUAUUAAAAUAAAAAUAUUUUGAAUAUUUUUGGAACAAAAAAUCAAUAAAUUUGAAUAUUUUCAAUUUUUCAGUUUAAAAUUUUAAUUUUAUGUGGUCUAAAUCGUGCAAACAAUUUAACCAUUAAAAAAUAAGUACAAUUAUAUUUAACGUCAAAUUUUUAUAUAUUUUAAAAUAAAUUUCCAAAUUUGUUUAAAAUUGAGUACUUAUUUGCACCGGUGAUAUAUUUUUAAAUGAAAAUUCAAAUAUAAAAUUUUGUUUCAAGGUUGAUUUUGUAUACUGAAUAAAGUAACGCGUUGUUUACAGAAUCAUAAAUAAUGUACUACUACUUAUUUUGACUAGCAUCUUUAAUGUUUAUACCUAAUUUUACAACUUCAAAACAAUUUUUGUAUGCCUAGAAUGUUCUAAUAUUGGCUUGUUUACUACUACUUAGAAUUAUUAUAACUCACAUGUUAGUAUUAUUCUUACAUUUGAUUUUGGUAUUUUCUGUUAACAGGUAUUUUUAAAAGGGUGAAAACACUUUUCACCCUUUUAUUAAUUUCUGUUAGAUGAUGAAAUGAAAUAUUCAAAACGCAAA